AUGAUGGCAGAAACCAAGUCCUCCGAGGGCACAAAGACCAGCUGCGUUUCUGCCUUGAUCUCUUGUUUCAAUCUCGGAUCGAAGAAGAAGCCUUCCGCCUCACCAGGACCGACGCCAAAGCCAGCCGUUCCAUAUGAACCAAAACCACAGUCGCCGACCAAGUCUGCCGGUGAUUCCGUUUCGAACGACAAGGCCGAGUCAAUCUCAUCCAAACACGCGGGAACCGGAAACACAGACGCCGACAGCAAACACAGUCGAGAGUCUACCGAAGCACAUGAUGAGGCGCCCUCCUCAGACAUUCAGCUUGUCAAGUGUCAACCUAUUAUCGUUACAGAAAACGCUCCAGUCGACCUAUGGCAUGAGGCGCUCAACAAUACUCAUCAAGACACCAAGUCUUGGAUGGGAAAGUUUGGCGUCGACCGCUCGAGUACCAUCCAAGUCCAAGAAUUGACGACACUGGUCAGGCAAAGCGAAGAAACAUACCAGGAUGCCAGUUCAGGACUGAAAAUCGGAGAACGGAACAUUUUGUGGAGGGACUAUGCGAAUCGAGUCGUGGCUUGGGUGACUAUGAUCGGCGACAUCAGCGUACCAUUCGCCCCUGCGCCAGUCUCGCCGGUGUGGUCGGCACUCAGAGUGCUCCUACAGGCCGAAACAAGUCGAGUCGAACAAAUCACCGCUGCUUUUGGUGCCGCCGACCGCAUUCUCAGCAUUGUCAGACGGGGUCAAAUAUACGAAUCUGUGUACGGCCUUUCUAGCGCGAAUUUGACAAACCCCUCGAGAAGGCUCCUGAAGAAGUCUAUUAUUGAGCUGUACAGAGCCUCGCUGGAUUUACUAGCUUCGACGUCAACUCAGCUUGAUGGACAAGAAUCAUGGGCAGUGCAAUUUCUCGCGGCUCUCACUGGUCCAAGUCGUGCAAAAUCGUUGUUAUCAGACCUGACGGCCGCGGAGAGUGACGUGUCGAAGAACGCGGGGGCUUGCGUUUGUGAGUCAACAGAGAGGAACCUCGAGCUAUUGCAAAGCCUUCACAGCCCUCUGCGACGGAUCGACGAUAGGGUUGUGCAACUUCUAGACUGUUUCAAGGAUAUGGAAAGCCGAGACAGAGAGUAUGCCAUGAACUACAUCAGUGACGUCAAGGUCGAUGAAAUUCACGUCGCCAAGAAAGAGUUGCGGACUGAGGGGACUUGCGAAUGGCUUAUACAGCAUCCGAGCUUCCUUGCGUGGGAAAAGCCAAGCUCGUCAUCAAUCCUAUGGCUCAACGGUCACGUGGGAUCUGGGAAGUCUUUCUUGACUUCUAAAGUGAUUGAUCGCUAUCGGUCUCACCCUGGCGAUACCUUGAGAUCACCAGAGAAUGAUGAAGGCUUUGCUCACUUUUACUGCGAUCGCUCACUGAAUGACCGGAGAGAUAUCAAAGCCAUUCUCAGCAGCUACAUCGUGCAGCUCUUAACGGUAUCCCGACACCGCGACCGAUGGCACAAGAAGCUUCUCAUGUUUUGCAAAGAUGCUGCGGCGUCUCGACGAAGCUUACAAAUUUCCGAGUGCCAACAAUUUGUACGCGACUUGGUUAACACGUACCCGCGAUCUAUACUAGUGCUGGAUGCUCUGGACGAAUGCGAUCAGAGGUCAAGAACGCAGAUUGUGAGCUUCUUCCGAAAGCUAGUCGAAGACUCUGACCGGCCCGUCAAAGUGUUCAUGUCCAGUCGCCCAGAGACCGAUGUACUUGAGUUGAUGGAGACGUCAUCUUGCAUUCAGAUCAGCACCUCGGAUAACCAAAAAGAUAUCGAGAAAUACAUUGACCUCAAGCUCAGCCAAGGCGGCCUUAGCCCUAUAUGGAAGAGACAGAGUGUCAAAUCCCUUGUGAGAAAGACUCUUCUCGAGAAACAUGGUGGAAUGUUCAAAUGGGUUCAACUUCAGUGGGAUCAAUUAGAGCCAUUGAGUACAGAGAUCGAUGUGAAGCAGCGACUUAAGAAGCUUCCGGAGGGCCUUGUGGCCUCGUACGAAGAGAUAUGUUCUCGACAAGAGGGUCACGCAUUGACGGUUCUCAUGAGAGCCGCUAUGUGGGUGAAAUGGGCCGAAACACCGAUGUCGACAAAGGUUCUUCUCCAUGUCGUUAAACUGCCGUUCUGCCAGACCCAUGAGGAGAUGGAGGCUGCCAUAAACGAAGAAAGCAUUACAGAGACUGAAUUAGGCAAUAUCUGCCGUCAUUUGAUCACUCCUGAAAGGAGGUCAAAAUACGAUAUCGGAGAUCCAAAGAAUUUGGCAUGGAAAUUUUCACAUGCCUCAAUUGCAGAGUUCUUCGACGAAAAGCUCAGUCACUGGACAGACAAUACUGAACAGUACGUUGCAACAUCGUUGCUCCUACAGGCAUCCUUACCAAGAGAGGAAGAGGAUGGGGAAGAGACAAGUAACAUUGUCGUCCAAAACUUUCAUGGAAAAGAUCCCAUAUCCGGAUUCUUUCAGAGUUAUCGUUACUACAGGUACUGGAUGCAACUAAACUUCUCCGAUUACGCCCACGUCAUCUGGCCAGACUUUGUCCGCAGGAUAUACAAACGACGCCCAACAACAAAGGAAAUCUCAGGUGUUCUAGGAUAUUGCCUAGGCCUUGGUGAUACUGCCGACACUUCGAGCUUUCAAUAUUCAACAGAUAUGGAUGGCGAGGGGGCUCUGAGGAGAAAGUGGCUGUUGCAGAGCCAUGGGGCCUUGCAGCCAUGGCGCACUCCGGUCCCUGCAGCCUGCGAUUUAGGGUCUUCAGACUUACUGGAGCAUCUGCAUCGAAUCGGGUAUGAUUUCAAUCAAAAAACAACUGGCCAAAUGAUUUCUUGUUUGUCCGUUGCUAUAGAACGUGGAAACGACGACAUUUGUUCGUUUCUUAUCGAUCAUGGAGCAGAAAUCAACGUAGUGGACGAUAGGCAGAGCGGUGGUAAGGGUGGGACUCCACUACAUUACGCAUGUGGCAGUCUCAGUACCGUCGAACUUCUGCUUUCGAGGGGAGCGAACCCACAUCUUCACGAAGACCAUACACCGCUGUGUAUGGUCGUUCAUAAUGAUUACUCCACUGAUAUCCUUUCAGCAUUGUUGGAUUGGAAAGCGGACCCAAACUUUCCCUGCAAACGCGGUGGAGUUUUGUGUUGUCUUGAAUCUGCUUUCGAAACCGACAACGUUAACGGACUGGAAUUGCUCUUGAAACGUGGGCUUGAUGUUACACUGUGGGAAAGGAAAGAAUCGAUUCUGGAAAGAGCAGCUUCUCUAGGUGCCGUAAGUUGCAGCCGAGUCCUCAUUGAAGAACUUGGCCAUGACAUGAACACUUCCAAUGGAGGGAUUUAUGACAGCAUGCUAGUAGCAGCAGUAAAUGGAGGGUCAGAACGAAUGCUUUACUAUUUGAUUGAGGAAGCAAAGGUCGAUCCGCGGAUUCUCAUUUCUGAUCCUCCCGAACCUUCACAGUGGCAUAUGGGCACGAUAGUGUAUUUUUUGAGAAGGCAACAACAUUUGACGGUCCCAGACCUCGUCGAAAUUGGCAUACCCAUGGAAACGUUACAGGAGUCAACCGGUUGGCGCCGAAAUAGAUAUUAG